AUGUCUCCCUCUCUCACCACCCUUCUCACCCUCCUCCUCCCGGUCCUCCCCCUCGUCACCGCCCAUGGCGCUAUCGUCCAAGCAACCGGCAACGCAGGCGGCUCCGGCAUGGCCCUCGGCAUCGACACCACCACUCCCCGUGACGGCACCCGCCGCCGUCCCUUCCAACAGGACUCCACCCGCUUCCGUGGCUCGUCUGCUCAAACCUUUGGCGAGACGAUCGGUGCCGGCGAUAACCAGCUUGAAGCCGGCACGAGGGCUAUUCUCGCUGAGACGGGAGACCAGCUUCCCCAGGUCACCCCAGGAGGUGAGGUCUCGAUGAUGCUUCACCAGGUCAACGCCGAUGGCGGUGGUCCCUACCAGUGCAUGAUCAAUGCCGAUGCCACAGGCCAACAAUGGUCCAACAUCCAAGUCACACAAAAUGUCCCAGGGCGCAACUCUCGCAAUCGGCAAGGACAAACUACCGCUUUCCCCCUGACGGCUAGCAUCCCCGCUAACCAGCAGUGCACGGGGACUGUCGCUGGUCAGGAGAAUGUCUGCCUUGUGAGAUGCCAGAACAGCGCCAGAGCUGGACCGUUCGGGGGUGUUGUGCCGGUGCAGAUGGCUGGCGCAGCUGGUAACAACAAUGCUGACAACAAUGUGGAGGUUGGCAAUGGAAACAACGGCACUGACACUGGAGCUGCGAACGCCAGACGCCUCCUCGCUCGCAGCGUGAAGGCGUCAGAGAUGAAGCUGCAGGCGCUCAUCCAGAGGGCGGUCGAGCUUGAUGGUGAUUUGAGGGAUCCCGAUGUGCUGGCUGAGUUCUUGGAGGACUUUGAGGCUUAAGCAAGGCUGUGUGGAUAUGGAGCUCCGGGGUGGAAAGAGCUGACGACACGAAACCGACAUGAACAAACAGGUGACUGGAUGGCAGGCCACCAAGGCACAACAUUCAUUUUUCCUAUGUCAUUUCCUGAUGGUCGAGAAACAUUUCUCCUUGUCUUGUUGGCACAGGUGGCCAAUGCCACACUCAUUGAUACCCAAGUAACUGGUCAUUUGUUUAGAGCAGAGAGUCUGUCUCUUAUGUAUAUGUGUAUAUAGCUUGCAUUUUGUUCCUGUACUUCUAGUCUUCUCAUUUCAAGUCGAAUAGAAGUCACUCCUUUCAAACAG